UGAAUAUUAAACGUGUCUUAUGCAUUUGAUGGUAUUCUAUGGUUGUGCCCAGUAUUCUUUAUUCAUUUUUACUUUAUUUUGUGCACACCCGGUAUUAACAAGUGUUUGUACGGAUCAGCCAUCAAGAUUUGGUAAGAAUUGUUCUUACGAGUGUCACUGUUUGGAGGAUGCUUGUGAUUCAACAACUGAUGGCGUCGGAUGUAAAUUUGGGCCUUGCAGUCCUGGCUUCGUGGGAUUUCCUGCUUGUCAAGAUGUAUGUCCCCCUGGAAAUUAUGGUCUAAAUUGUACAUUAAAGUGCAAUUGUGAACCACGAAACGUAUGUAAUCCUAUUAAUGGUGUAUGCACAGAAGGAAACAAAUGCAAUAGACGCUAUUAUGGAGCUGCGUGCAUUCAUGAACGAACGAGAAUGAUUAUUCCACCCACUGUUCACAGUGACUGUGAGAGUCUUCAUAUUGUUUGGCCGGAGUUUAAUGAAUCUUACUAUGUCGGAUCAUCAAAUAUUGUUAAGUACACGAUUCUUUUUAGAACGACGUCGUCAAAUCUCUCAGCUUACCAGUCAGUCGAUCGGACUAUGCUCUCUCGAAACGAUUAUGACGUGCGAUUUUUCCAUGACAACUUAUCUGUUCCAUUUUCUUUCUCAAUCAGAGCAGACUUUAUGGUAAUUAUGUCAAGUGAUGAAUAUCUUGAGGAAGGUGUUCCAAGCCCCGAGUCGAAUCCUCUGGAGAUCAAAUGUGGUGCUCUAUCCAAUGUGUCUGUUGUAUCAAAUAAAAAUUCUGUGGAAGUAUUUUGGGAUGGACAUGAUAAUCCUGCGGUUGUAAAGGUCUACAUACAUUUCACAUUGAUUGCUAUAGGAGAUUGUCUCAUUUUGCCACAAUCAAAUUAUAUAAAUUACACCAAGACAGUUAAUAUUGAUACCAGAAAGACUGUGAUGCAGUUGGACUACUGGCGACGUUAUUCCGUAACAGUUUACGGCCUAACAUCUCACGAUAUUGCCACUGCACCGUCAACCACCACUAUUAUAACACAGUUUGAGAAUCCGAAAGGCCCACCAAUGAAUUUACGUCAGUUAUCUCAAUCAAAUCAAUCUAUAAAUGUAACUUGGGACUAUCCUUUAUGCUCUCAACGUGGUGGUCCUUUUGAAGCGUAUGUUGUUAAUAUUUCAACAUUAUCAUCUACUACUUUGCCAACUAUACUAAGUAAUCCACAAAAUAUCCCUCCUAUUCAGAUUAUCGGUCUUGUGCCUCAGAUUUUAUACACAAUACAGGUGGCUUACAAAAAUGCUAUGGGUGUCGGACCUGCAGCUCAAAUAAACAUAUCUCUCAACAGAUCAGUAUCAAGUCAACCAACUUCAUUUCGUGUACAAUAUUGUGGCCUGAAUUCAUGUCGUUUAAGCUGGACACCUCCUGUUGAGGGUUAUGAAUGGAGUGCUUUACUGAACUAUAACAUCCUUUAUUGGAAACAGUCGGCACCAAGUUUAGUUAAAAAAGUCACAGUUCCACCAAGUGCUCAAGAAUACCUACUGUCAGAAUUGGAUAGUGGGACUGUUUAUUAUGCAAGCAUUCAAAGUGUAUUUGAUUUUGGUAAUGGCAGUUCUGAGACAAUAAGAUUUCGUACAUUAAGUCAAUUCGAUAUUCGUCUAGUAAAUCGUUCAUAUUCAGGAAUUACAGUUGAAUGGUAUUUCAGUUCAAUGCCGUAUACAUUCAUUAUAUCUGUAGAACUAUUGGAAACACUGCUUCCAGUCAAUCCUUCAUUUUCAAAACAAACUUUCAGUCAUACAGGUAGUGGAAUUCUUCGGUAUACACUUUCCACUUUACCUGCUAGUUCUCGGUUUAGGAUAAUUGUAAAUCCAAUUGACGAGAUCGGUGUAUCAAUGGGUUCAUCUUUUUUAACUGCUUGGACAAGCCCUGCUCCAUUUGCAAACUCAAGAGCUUUAAGAAUUGGACAGAUAACUGCAAUAUUAAACGGUUCAUCUAUGGUCAGUGUAAUAUUUCCAACAGUUACAGGCUAUGAAGGUGGUCCACUGAAUGGUUUUUAUAUAGUUGUUGAGAAAAAUUCAAAUACUAAUCGUGUACGACGUUCAGUUUUGGAUCGUACACAGCUUGGAUUGUCAAACAAUGCUAAUAUUGUUUAUUAUUCUAAUACAUUCCCAUUAGAAAAUAUUGUAGUAGGUUCUGGCAAUGUUAUAGAUGGUUCCAAACUAUACAACAAUUUAUCUACUAUACCAGGUUACAAUAAUCCUCCAUUAGAGACAAAUACCAGUUAUACAGUAUCUGCAUUUAUUCAAAGUGAAGUGGAUGGUACAAGUGAAUUUAUUGAAGCUGGUUAUGUAACAUUUUUAACUGGUGUUGAUGCUAUAAUUACCGGUGCAUCUUCUCCUCUAAUAAACAAUCAAGUAGAAUCUAAUUUACUUGGAAUAAUUUUGGGUAUUUUAUUGGCUCUCGUUAUCUUAGCACUGAUAGCAUUCCUUAUCUACUAUUUUUGUCGUAAACGAUAUCAGUCUGGUCAGUAUGUAUUCGAAAGGUAUCCAAGAGAUGCGAAAUUAACUGUUAAAGAAAAGUCACAUUUAUUGCCUUAUUCUUAUGCAUGGUGGAGUAUACCAGAAGAUACACGUGAACCUCGUUAUCUGAUUAUUGAUCCAGAACAUGGACCUGCGCAUACUUUAAUUGGAACCUGGCCGAUAAAUGAGAUAUUAGCUACAUUUUCGCGUGAAUAUUCAAGCAUCCCAUCAGGUUCAAGAUAUUCUCAAUCUGUUGGUAAUUUAAAGAAUAAUCUAUCAAAAAAUCGUAGUCAAACAAUUCUACCUUAUGAUCAUAAUCGUGUCUCAUUGAAUCGUCCAACUAAUUCCAAAGAAACUGAUUAUAUUAAUGCAAGUUUUAUUGAUGGUUAUAUGCGUAGACGUGCGUAUAUAGCAGCCCAGAGUCCAUUUGAUAUGUAUACAGCACAUGAUUUUUGGUUGAUGAUAUUUCAACGUAAUAUUGCACAAAUUGUUAUGUUAACUAAUCUUGUUGAAGAUUCCACAUUGAAAUGUUGUCAAUACUGGCCUGAAAUGCCUGGUCGAAGUGGCAGUAGUCAAACAGAUUCCAAGUCUUCUAAAUCUCAGCAGUAUGGAAAUAUUAUUGUAGAAAUUAUUGAUCGUAUUGAUUAUGCUCAUUUCACUGUAAGAUAUUUUAAUAUCACUGAGGUAUCAUUGAAUGUAAGUCAACGUGUUAUGCAAUAUCAAUUUCAUAGUUGGAUUACACCUGAUCGUAAAGUUCCAGCCUGUUAUGUGAAUGGUGAUUGUACACUAGACAACGAUAGAAGAAAUCAGUCAUUACCAGAUUGUGGUGAUGAUUUAUCACAAGAUUCACAAGGUGUUUUUUGUCGUACAUCAAUUUUUGGAACAAUAUUUGAUCGAUUAAAUUUUAUUGAAUUUUAUUAUCGUGUUAAAACUGCAAGUCGUCCUGAAGAUGGUCCAGUUCUUGUGCAUUGUGCUACAGGUUUAUCACGUACUGGACUUUAUAUUGCCUUUGAUUCAUUACUUCAACAAGCUGCACAUGAACAUGUUAUUAAUGUGCCUAAAUUUUGUUCUGCAUUAUGUAAAGCUAGAUCGAAUAUGCUACGUUCAAUGCGACAAUUCACUUUAUUGUAUGAUUUACUUUUUGAAGCUAUAUUAGCUGGUCAUUGUAUUGUUGAUUUAGAUUUGCAUAGUACUUAUCGUAUGUUAUGUCACAAAAAUGAGAAAACUAAUCGAACCUAUUUAUGGGAACAAUGGUCUGUAUUACAUUUGUAUACAUCAUUACCUGAUCCUGAUACAGAAUUACGAGUUGCUUUAAAUUCUGUAAAUUUACACAAAAAUCGUUAUCCCAAGGAUUUUGACUUACUUCCACCGGAUCAUUGUCGUGUAUGCCUACGAUGCACAUCCACUAGUGGUUUAUCAUCUACCUCAAAUUACAUUAAUGCUUUCUAUUUGGAUGGUGCAGGUCUACGUGAUGACAUAAUUUUAACGCAAACUCCUUUAAUAAAUACAGUGAAUGAUUUUUGGUGUAUGGUUGAAGAAGAGAAGGUUUCGUGCAUUAUCGAUAUGGAGCCGUUCUCUUAUGGUGUUGAAGAUGCUGUUCGUUAUUGGCCACUUCGUCCAGGUGAAAAUGAAACACUUCCAAUGUUUGAAGGUUCAUCAGACGAAGAAUUAGAUCAAAUUGACAUGCAUUAUGAUUAUACUGAGACACUACCUCUUCGACGUGGACCAUGGUUAGAUUUUUGUGAUGGAUUAAUUCAAAUUUGUCAACUUGGUUCAUUAAUUCCAGUUCGUCUUGAUACAGCCUCUCCAAAACAUAAUUCCAAUGGUGAAAUAUACAAAAGACGUUUACUUAUACGUAAAUGUGAAGUUAAUCGUUCAAAACAAUUUAAUUAUGAAAAGUUAAGCAAUGAAAAGUCAAAACCCCGUGAAGUUAUUAUAUUCCAUUUUACCGGUGGAUGGAACGCCAAAUUGAAUGUGCCUGAUUCACGUAUCUCUAUUGUUUGUCUAUUAGAAAAAGUUCGCUUAGAACGUGGUACAGGUCCAUUGGUUAUACAUUGUUUAGAUGGAGCUACUCGAAGUGGCCUACUAGCUGCUUGUUAUCUUUUAGCUGAACGUAUGACAAGAGAUCAUUAUAUUGAUUUGUUUCAUGUCCUGAAAAUGAUUAAAAUGCGUAGAAAAGCUGUUUUAGCAUCUCCUGAUCAACUACGUUUUGUCUAUCGUUUCUUAAUUCAAUGGAUAAAACGUACACUGGCUGAACCAUUAGCUAAUUGGACUACACGACAAUCAGGUAGAAUAAAUUUAUCAUCAUCAUCAUCAUUUUCUACUGGAGAUUGGAAACAAUGGCAAUGGCCACAACUUGUUGGUCAUUUACCACCAGAUUCACGCGUUGGUAUAUUUUCACACUCUCAGCUACCAGCAUUAGGCGCUGAUCAAUCCGGUACAACAUUGAGUUUGGAUAAAUCUAUUCGAUCGAAUCAACUUGUAUUGGAUACAAGUAAUAGUAAUCGUCUUGGUAGUGGUGGUGGUGUUGGUGUUGGUGGCGGUGAUACACAAUCAAUACAUACUGGUGAGGAGGACUGUAACAGCACAACAGUAUAUACGCCUAGAAAACUAAUAUCAUCGAUAUUAUAUCAUUAUUUUGAUGAUGAAUUAGGAGCUAGUCAAAAUACGGGUUAUCAUAAAAAGAAUACAAAUAAUUCUAAACCACAACAAUCAUCAAACAUAAUGGUUGGUAAUCAUAAUAAUUCUUAUUAUUCUUCAUAUUAAUUAACAAUAGAUCAUUUUUUAUUGUUCUAGAAAGGUUAUGCGUGUGUGUAUGCACAGCUCUUCUGAAAUCACUCCUGUUCUUGUCAUGAAUAAAUACUCUUGUAUAUGCUUUCUCUCUCCUUUUCUAUACAACUUCACUGUAUUUGAAAUCUGUCUCAUUCAGGAUGUUGCCUUAUACGUUAUUGUAUAUCAAUUUGGCAUUUAUCUUCUUUGCUGCAUCAUUUUAUCGCUUCCAUUUAUUGUAGAUCGUUUUUACAGCUUAUCCAUAAAUCGACCCCCUCUAUGCAUAUACACACUCAUUUUAUGUCCUUUUAUAUUAAGGCUAAACAGACUGGUGAAUUCUAUAAGUAAGUAUUUGUAUUUUUAUUAUAAGGGAAGUGAACAUUUUAUUAUAAAAUCCUGAAUAUAUAUACAUAAAACUUGUACUUAAUUCAUAAGUUUUUCUAUUUUUGGAGUGAACACAACAAUAAGGUGGUCAGUCUAGAUUUUAUACAGCAAGUUUUUUAUUUCACUAUGUGUGUGUUUGUGUGUGUGUGCAGGAGAGAGGCAAAUACAGAGAAAGAACUUCUAUCCCACUUAUGGAUCUCCCCUCUGAUAAAUCUACUUAGACAACAACAUACAAUGUAAGUGGUAUUGAGUGAGUAUUAGUGUUAUCAUUCAAUCUUGCGUAUUUUCCUAAUACAACAGUUGUGUAGCGUAGACAGGAGAGAUUUUGUUUAAAUUGAUUUUUUUUAGUGGUGAGGGAAAAUUGAAAGAUAGAGAGGAGAGCAUUUGAUUUUUUUGUUUUGAAAAAGAGCUGCCUUCCUUUAUUCGUUGCAUUUCACGUAGAAUUUUAUUUAUGCAUUAAUCAAUGAUUAUAAGGCUUGGAAUAAAUCUGUAUUAUUAUUAUUAUUACUAUUAUUAUUAAUUGUACUCCUACUAUUAUUGUUCGGCCUUAUUUAGUCAUCAUUAUUAUUGGUAGUAUACCGGUUCUCUGUAAAACCCAUUAAAUUAUCCUCAUUUUAUUGUUUCUCACACGCACACAUGUAGAAUAAAGAUAUUGUCUACUCAUCGAUUUCUAAUAGGAAUCUUCCGCUCUUAUUGCUUAUUGUUAUUAUCACAUUAUAAUUAUUCGAUUGAAUAAAUAUUUUGUUAUUAUUUGCUGCCAGUGAAAUGAUUAAAUGUCUCUAUAGCUACGUUUCCUUUCUUUCUCUGCUGUCCUUAAUCUUCCUGUCUAGAAAUUUUGAUGUAUUCUAUUCAAUUUGAACUUUUCCGGUUGUUUUUUUGAAGACUAUUUCAUAUACACAGUAUUGUAGGCGGUUGAAGAUUGUGGAUAUUAUCAUCAUCUGUCGACGUUUUCUUUUCUCCUUCCCCUGAAUUGUUCUUCUCUUCAUUUACGGAAGAUGUUCUCAUAUUUCUUCAACAUGACAAUAGAAAGUGGGAAUAAAUCUUGUGUGAAGUUGUUGAAGUGUAUGCCUACAUAUAGUGUGUUUGAUGGUACAUAUAUCACAUUCACAUUGUACAAAUAUUUGUUUUUACCUAGAGUAAAGUUGAUUGUCCAUCCUUACGCUUUGUUAUAUAUGUGUCUCCUCAUCCAUUCAUUGUUACAUAGAACAGUAUUAUUGUCAUCGAAUUGUAUUUUGUCACAUUUUUUUGUGUGUGUUGGCACUACCUCUUUGAUGGUAUGUUCUCAGAUUACUUUUUGUGCUUUUAUUCAUCUUACUUCCAUCGUUAUUUACCCUGUCCUAGAGAGUUUAUUUUUUUGUAUAUUUCGCCAUACACAAGCAUGCUGGCAUGCACGCGUUGUCGUCAUACUGGUGACAGUAAUGUUUUCAAGUUAUAUUCUGUUUAGCGGUUUGUUUUUGUGCUUUUUUGGAGAAAAGCUUGAAUAAAUUUUUAAAAAAAUAGAGAAAACCGUUGAUUAAAUUAUUUUUU